AUGCGAGGUGCCGAAACUGGUAACGUCCACGAGUCCGACCAUGCUCUCGUUCGCUUGCGCCUGAACGUUCACCUCCCAUCUGCGUCCAAAAUGCUACGUGCAAAGCUCGUGGCAAACCUCCGGCAAAUCAACACUAUCGAGGCGCUAAGCACAGGAAUCCAGUCCCAGGCUGACAGCGAAGACAGUAGCAGGUGGCCAUCUCUGAAGACGUCCAUUUAUGGUGCAGCUGAAAAAAUUAUCGGAUUCACUCAGCGGCGCUGCAGUGAUUGGAUCAGCGGAAGAACCCUGAAGCCAUAA